AUGACUGGAGUGAAAAAGAAUGUCAAGGCAAAGGUAUAUGACCAGUCAGCUCUGUCAGUGGAAGAUGUGGAGCAGCCUGGAGACCAUGAGGACCAUGUCCAUGCAGUAGGUCAUGAUGACUUUGCGGAGGACGAGUUUAUCGAAGGCUUGGCCAAUGAGGGUGAUGAAGAUGCGGUGUUUGUGGCAGACUUCGAAUCUGCUGCCACAGACAUCAUCCAAAGUGAUGAAGAUCUCGCAGGUGCCUUCUCCACGUACAUGGAGGCUCGGAGGAGACUGAGUGAGAAGUAUCGUGCACGAGGUUUCUGGCCAAUCAGCAAAGGAAAAUUCAAGGGGUCCAAAGGCAAGUCAAAGGGCAAGCCAAUUUGGACCGGUAGGAAAACUCUGCAGCAACGGAUCCUUGAAAGCAAUUGUCGUAUCUGCGGCCGUAAAGGCCAUUGGAAGAGUGAGUGUCCGAAUCGAUCGCAGCCUUCGAAUAGCUCAACUGCAUCGACGGCCCCAGUGACUCUCUCCAUGGGAGUAACAUCGACCUUUGCCAGCGAUGUGAUGUCUGCCGAGUUCAUGAACCUUCCCGAAGUGUCACCGCCAACACAGGUCACCAAUGCACCAGCUGAGGUACUUUUCGCUACCCACGAUACCUGGGGGAUCCUGGACACGGGUGCCACACCCUUUUUGGUGUCAAACACACUUUUGCGAGCUCUAGGAGACCAUCAACAUGCCGAGACUUUCGCACAGGAAUCUUGGGAAAAGAAGGAAGCUCUGAAACUCAAGCAGGAUCCCACGUUGAUCACCCGGAGAGAUCGUCGCUACAGCAUGAGCGAUUGGGCAAAACGCCUUCAGCGCCUUCAGGCGGACAUGCCUGCGGCAGAAACGGAAUCUGUCGACCAUCUGAGCCUCGAAGUCUUGCAGAACGAGAAGGUGAAGUUUGGGAAGGCCCAUCUGGGGAAAAGUUAUGCCGAGCUUUGGGAGACGGCACAGGAGUGGAUCAAGUGGUUCCUGGUCCAUUACCAGGGAAGUUCCAAUGUGGAGCACAAGAAAGUGAUCAGGUACAUCAAGCUGAAGAUCGAAGAGGGCGAGGCCCAAGGGACGAGUACAACCCAGCUCCCCGUGCGCACAAAGGCCAAAGCGGCCCCAAAGUCGCUGAUCACAGUUCGACGCGAGGGACCACCUCCACAUCCCGAUGCAGCCCCAGAGGAACCAUGGAUCAAUCAGGAGGAGAAUGCCUUGGAGGCCAGAAUGACCAAUCUCGAGAAUGCAUUGCAUCAGAUUCUGGUGCACCUGACACCAUCGAUCCCAAACACGAUCGGCUCAACGGCCAUGAGCGAGGAUCUCCCCGAGCUCCCACUGGCUUCGGAAUGGGAAGAUCCGUGGAAUGCAUAG